AAAUAACAGUAGCUUUAAGAAGGUUGGUUUCAUGGGUUAAUGCCACUUUCCACCAUGGGCCUUUGGGGAGUACUUGGCCUUUUAAUUUUCCUGGGAAAAACUUGGGGACAGGAACAAAUCUUCAUCAUUUCAGCACCCAAAGUUUUCCGGGUUGGAGCAUCUGAAAAUGUUGUAAUUAAAGCCCAUGGCUACACUGAAGAUUUUGAUGCAACAAUCUCUAUAAGAAGUUAUCCUGAUAGAAAAGUGACCUACUCUUCAGGCUGUGUUAAUUUAUCUCCAGAAAAUAAAUUCCAAAACUCGACACUAUUAACAAUUCAGGACAAACAGUUGUCUGAAGGACAAAGCUCAUUUUCAUAUGUGUAUUUGGAAGUCGUGUCAAAGCAUUUUUCAAAAUCUGAAAAAAGGCCAAUCCUCUAUGACAAUGGCUCUCUCUUUGUCCACACUGACAAGCCUGUGUACACUCCGCAGCAGCACGUAAAGGUUAGCGUCCUUUCACUGGGAGAUGCCUUGGAGCCAGUUACACGGGAAACUGUCUUAACUUUCAUAGACCCUGAAGGAUCAGAAGUUGACAAGGUCCAAGGAAACAAUCUUACUGGAGCUGUGUCUUUUCCUGACUUCCAGGUUCCUUCUAACCCCAAAUACGGUAGAUGGACGAUUCAGGCUAAAUAUAGAGAAGAUGCCUCUACCAACGGAACGACACACUUUGGCGUCAAAGAACAUGAUAAAGCCCAAGACGUGAGUCUCCAGUCAACAGAUUACCUGGAACACAAAAUAAGAGAACAAGCUGCUACAUACAAACAUCCGGUGGUAAAGAAGUGUUGUUAUGAUGGAGCCAGACGUAGUGAGCAUGAAACCUGUGAGCAGCGAGCAGACCGUGUGAAAACAGGCCCACGCUGUGUCCAAGCCUUCACUCAAUGCUGCACCAUGGCGACCCAGAUCAGAGCUAAUGACACCUUUAAAGAAUCCUUCCUUGGCCAUGAUGGAAUCCAGUGGAGUCCAAAGGUGCAGCCCUUUAAUCACAGCAAUCAGGAGGUGGAGACAAGCGGAUCUCCAUGAGUUCCAGGCCAGCCUGGUCACAGAGUCAACUUGAGGACUAUCUCCAAAUCAACAGAGAAAUCCUGUCUUAAAAAAAACAAAAAUAAAUAAAUUGAAUAAAGAUAAAAGAAAAGAAAACAACCAGAAAGAA